AUGUCUGAAGAUCAUCCGCCAGCCUUGACAUUCGAUGCCCUUGUUCUAGACCUUCGAAGGAUGCUGAUCAAGACUCCACAGGUUUAUAGCAACAAAUCCAUCCCAUCCUUAAAGCGUUUCACCUCGACCUUAGCUAAGAUCGAAGAGACCAGAUGCUACGACCUCCUUGGGAAACAAUUCGGCUUCAAUCCGUCAGAGCUCAAUGGAGCAAUUGCUCUCGCACGCACCACAGUCGAAUACGAUGAGCAGGUGGUAUCCUGCAUCCAAGCCCUGCGAAAAGAUCAACCCUCGCUGAUAAUCGUCGCCAUGUCGAACAUCUCCAAUCCUGACUUUGAUGCUAUUCAUACUCGAUGGGGUCCUGCAUUCUGGCCGUUGUUUGGCGAGGUAUUCCCUUCAUCUGCCGUCGGGAUGCGGAAACCAACUUUGGGCUUCUAUCGGCAUGUCUUGAAAGUCCACUGGGAUAGAUCCCCGGAAGACCAUCUUUGUGGAUGA